GAAUAAACAUGAACUAACAUGCUGGCCUGAGAUGUGUGGCAGCCCUGCUGUACCCCCCAGUAGUGCCACCUUGAGAGUGGUCAACGGGGUAGAGGCUGUGCCUCACUCCUGGCCCUGGCAAGUCUCCAUGCAGGCCAGUCCGUUUAAUCCCAUCCCCUACAUGCAUGGCUGUGGAGGCUCCCUGAUCCACAAGCAAUGGGUCCUGACGGCCGGUCACUGCUUCAUGGCGCCUCUGGGUAACCCCACCUAUUGGUGCAUGUGUCUGGGUAAACACCACAUGAACUCAUCCCGGGACCUCCCUUCCCAUGAGGCCUGCUACAAGGUGGACGGCAUCAUCAGGCACAAGGGCUUCGUGUACGAGCAGGACAAGACGGACAUCACUAACCACAUCGCCCUGGUGCAUUUCAGCUCUGAAGUCAACAUGACCAGGGAGAUUAGUCCCUUGUGUCUGCCGGCGCUCGGCGCCCUGACGCCUGCUGGGAAACCCUGCUACGUCACGGGGUGGGGCGACGAGAAAGGUAGCCUCUUCCCUGUUGUAUCUAAGAAGUUGAACCAGGCAGCCCUGCCCAUCGUCCCCUUUGCCACCUGCAGUAAGCCAGCCUACUGGUGGGACACCCUGAGACCCUCUAUGAUCUGUGCCGGAUACGAGUCUCCAGACGAGCUCAAGUCAGCCUGCCAGGGUGACUCAGGUGGACCCUUCGCCUGCCAACCCUCAGUCUCAGACCCUUGGGAGGUCCACGGCAUCGUCAGCUUUGGCGCCUUCGGCUGUAUCAAGGACAAGAAACCCUCUGUGUUCACCAGAGUGUCCUCCUUCAACGACUGGAUCGAUGAUAACAUGAAGAGGUUCAUCUAUGAGAAGUCGCUAAACUAAAGCGAAAAUCACUGAUCUCAGAACUGUUGGGGGAUGUUGAUUUAGUUGCUACCUAACCACAGAUCUAGGAUCAGAUUAUAAUGACUCAUCUCAAAACUGUUUUGUCAGGUUGGAUAGUGUGGGUUGGAGUUGGAACCUAACCACAGAUCUAGGAUCAGAUUAUAAUGACUCAUCUCAAAACUGUUUUGUCAGGUUGGAUAGUGUGGGUUGGAGUUGGAACCUAACCACAGAUCUAGGAUCAGAUUAUAAUGACUCAUCUCAAAACUGUUUUGUCAGGUUGGAUAGUGUGGGUUGGAGUUGGAACCUAACCACAGAUCUAGGAUCAGAUUAGUUUAACCUGACGCAUAACAUGAUCUAUUAGGUAGGUGGGAAAUGAUCCAAUCCUGUUAGGGCAGAUUGAUCCUACCGUCUACACUCAUUAAGGUUUAACACUACAGUAUUUAUACACUGCAGGCCCCAUAUAUUUCAGUCAUUUAGCAGACGCUCUUACCCAGUGUGAUUUAUAGGAGCAAUUAGGGUUAAGUGCCUUGCUUAUGGGCACAUCGGCUGAUACAGUAUUUCACCUAGUCGGCUCGGGGUUUCAAACCUGGCCCAAUGCUCUUCCCGCCAGGCUACCUGCCACUCCAGUAGGGAGGUCUAAUACACUGCUGCACCACAGUACCUUAUGGACAUUAGGAUUAUACUGUGUAUACCAGUACAGAUGAUUGAGUGAAUACUUUUCGCAUAAUGUCUGCAUAUCAAACUCCUAUUCUCACCACGUAGAAAUAUUGUAAGUAAUGUGAUCAUGAUUCAUAUUGCAAUUGCUUCCAUUCUGGAUCUUUGAAUAAAAUCCUUAUUUUGCAUAUUUU